AUGUCUUCGCACGGAACUACCGAAAACCCUACUCCUGGAACCUCGUCCACGUCCGAGAGACGUAUUCCCCAGAAUCUGGCCCAAGAGAUUCAAGACCAGGAAAUGAAGGAGGAAUCCGAUAGCGAUGACGACAAUGAAGAACUUAAGCGGCAACUUGAGCGGAACAACAACGAGCUCAGGGAAAUGAAAAACCUGUUCAACCAGAACGUCAAAGCCCUCAAGGAGCUACAGGAACAAGCCCGCCGCACCAAAGAACUAGAGAAGGAAGUCACAACCCUUCGAGCUGCCGCGAACGUCAUAUCAGCUCCUGUCGAAGGAAGAGAACGCCUUAAGCUCAACACCCCUACCACCUUCGACGGAACCCCUGGACAGCUCAAAGGAUACUUGGUACAGAUACGGACCUACCAAGCCUUCCACAUCAACACGUUCCAGAACGAUACCGAACGUGUCGUCCACGCCGCCACCUUCUUGAGAGGGAAGGCCCUCGCUUGGUUCGAACCCCUCCAACAAGAAUGGCUGGACACCCCUAUCGAGAGAUACAGUCAAGAAGUGAAGGACAUCUUUUUCAGCUUCAGUGGAUAUGUUAAAGCCCUUCAAUCUCUCUUCUUAGACCCCGAUGAGAAAAGACAAGCAGAAAGAGAACUGGCGAGCCUACGACAAAACAAAUCAGCUACAAUGUACGCCGCAGAAUUUCGACGACUCGCAGCCAGACUCGACAUGACCGACGAAAGCAAAGUCUUCGCUUUCUACCAGGGUCUCAAGGACGACGUCAAGGACGAAAUGGCCAAAGUGGACACGCCACCUAGCUUCCUUGAUUAUGUCGAAUACGCCAUUAAGAUUGACAACCGACUGUUUGAACGACGCAAGGAAAAAGGAGAAAAACGUCAAACAGCCAACUCAGGAAAGAAAUACCAAUGGCAACCUCAACACAAGUUCAACAACAAAAACCAGAACAACAGGAACAACAAUCAGCAGAGCACCGCACAUGGACAACACAGUGGACCCAUGGACCUGAGCGUCGCGCAAAAAGACAAACCCAGACGCAGAGAAUUCAAAUGCUACAACUGCGACAAGCCAGGACACAUGGCCAGACACUGCAUACAGCCUAAGAAACUUACGGCAACCCCUAAGCAAGCCAACGCUGCAACCAAAAUCCCUAGCCACGAAGAAAAGGGAUGGACAGCCUGCUAUGACAAUGAUUGCACUACGCACAGGCAUGCAAAAGAGAAUAGUGGAUGGUACCCUCAAAACCCAGCAGGACGAUCGGGAUACGACACCACCAACAUACCCAAGGCCAUUGCUGUGAUAGACCGAUACACCGGUGGACCGGAUUACACUAAGCAGCGACAAGAGCCACUCGACGACUGGGAACAAGCGAAGAAGGCCGCGGAACUCAACAACGCCUUCCAAGAUGGUAGCAUUGUGUACCAACCGGGACUCUUAUGGGACAUCCCACGCCUCGCCAACUAUCGACAGACGAAUGAAGUAAACACCCCGGAAAGUCUCUCAGAAGAAGAAGCCAGGAAACUCGAAGAAGAAAACGAGACAGCCAUCAAACGGAUACAAGACGCCAUCAACUACACGAUGCAAAUUCGAAACAACAGCGAAGUUGGAGACACCCUCCAACACAUGCGGAAAACCCGAGACCGCCGCAUCGCACUACGCGGAAACACCCGAGGACAGUAUCAACUCAAGUACAAAGCAACCCAAUUUGUCUACCGACCCCAAAACGAUGGAAAGACGGAACGAACCCUCGCGACCCGAGUAUACCAAGCAAAGGACAACCUAAGCCAACGAUGGAGCUCACCAUAUACCACGGUAGCCAGCGACUCGACCUUUGAAUUGCCACAAAGAACCCGCGCUACUCCUCAACCCAUCUCGGAAUGGGCUGAAGACGUCGUAGACGGACCACCCUCGGCGGAAGUACGUCCACAAGGAACGUCGAUAGACGAUACCGACCCGGAAGACGCAGAAGAAGAACACCAUCUCGACAGAAUGGAAAAAAUUAAGGAAGUACUAGAAUACAAAUACAUCGACCCCCAAGACGACUGCCAACAGAUCGCCUUCCAUGCAGAAGAAUAUCAUAACAAAAUCCCUACAACAAUCACACAAACCCGGGAUGAAGAAAUAUUCUUGGAAGACGAUCCCAGGAUUACGACACAGCACAGAGAACACAAGGAGAUAGCAUGGAUCUACUGCAUCUUCGAUCACUGCGCCUACCAUCUCUUAAAGAAAGCAGAAAACGAACUAUACCCCAAAAGAAAAGAAGAACUGCGAAUCCGCAGAGCCCAUGAGGAACAAGAACUCUCAUAUUGGGAAGUACGGGGAGAACCCGGAGAAUGGAAAACCAACAACAAUGGAAUAGCAUUCCUACGACCCAGCGUCGAAUACCCUCAGAAGUGUGUGAACCACUUCACGGGAGUCUGGUGGAAUUGCAGGGAAGACCUAUGCAAACUCCACUACAUUCCAAAAAGCGAAAGUUGGAGAUUCCGACAACAAGAACUAGACAAGCAAGGACAGGACGGCGAGACGCCCAGCCCACCUCGUCUAGGAAUCAGAGAAAGUAACCUCGGCAGAGACCGAAAGAAGGGCGAGAAGGCCCUCUACUCAAAAAACUAG